AUGGACAGUCGGAUUGAGAAGGUGAGCAGUUCUGAUGACGAAUCAACAAGUCAUGAUACUUCAUGGCCCGAAAACGGCCGCGAGGAACUGAGAAAGAUCGCCACUCGACAGUCCGCCAAAUCAGCAGCCGAAACCAAAGGCUCACAUGAAGCUCAACCGACAGCUCUCGACCCCCGGAGCCUAGACUUUGACUAUCUGGCAUGGACAAAGCACCAGGUACAACAGUUUGAGAAAGACAGAACCGCAAGACGAACAGGGGUGGCUUUCAGGGGGGUCACUGUGCAGGGCCAUGGCGCGGAAAUCCAAAUCCAGCAUACUGUCGCGUCGAAUCUCCUAGCUCCGGUACAGGAAGGUCUAUUACGACGUGGCAAACACAAGAAAACAAUCCUGCACGACUUUCACGGGUAUCUCGAGCACGGUGAGAUGCUGCUGGUGCUUGGUAGGCCAGGAGCUGGAUGUUCUACUUUCCUAAAAGCCCUGGCUGCCGAGACUGAGGGGCUUGACUUGUCCGCAGAUGCAGUCUUCAACUACGACGGGAUCCUGCAACCGGAGAUGAAGAAGUACUACAAGGGAGAGAUAUUGUAUAAUCAAGAAGUCGAGAAACACUUUCCUCAUCUCACAGUAAGCCAAACACUCGACUUCGCUGCAGCAGCACGUGCCCCCCAGAUUCGUUCCGAUGGAAUGUCUCGAAAGGAGUAUGUCACACAUAUGCGGGAGGUUGUAAUGGCGAUAUUCGGACUGUCACACACGGUCAACACAAAGGUCGGGAAUGAUUUCGUUCGUGGCGUCAGUGGAGGGGAGCGCAAGCGCGUGUCCAUUGCAGAGAUGGCACUGGCAGGGUCCCCACUUUGCUGCUGGGACAAUGCCACCCGUGGUUUGGACUCGGCGUCUUCUUUGGACUUUGUCAAGGCACUUCAGAUUGGUUCCAAGGUCUUUGGAACAACGCACAUCGCCACGCUCUACCAACCAUCGCAGGCGAUUUAUCAUCUUUUCGACAAGGUGGCAGUUCUGUACGAGGGACGCGAGAUCUUCUUCGGCCUUGCCUCGCAAGCGAAACAGUAUUUCCAGAGCAUGGGAUGGCAUUGCCCUGCUAGGCAGACAACUGCAGACUUCUUGACUAGUGUGACGAACCCUACCGAGCGGCAAGCCUCCACAGGCUUUAAGAAUAAAGUUCCCCGGACACCGGAAGAAUUCGAAGCCUACUGGCGGAACAGCCAGGAAUACAAGCAGUUGAUGCAAGAAGUCUCGGAGUACGAAGCAAGAUACACCAACAGUUCCGAAUCCACCCAAGCAUUCAAAGAGAGUCAUGUCAUACGUCAAGCUCGGCACGCUCGUCCAAAGUCUCCUUACCUGAUCACUGUCCCAAUGCAGAUCAAGAUAUGCAUGGUGCGGUUCUACCAGCGUGUUUGGAAUGAUCUACCGUCCACCUUGACCUUGAUGAUUGGCCAGAUUGUCUUCUCGUUGAUUAUCGGGUCCCUCUUCUAUGGAUUACCGUUCGGAACGCAAGACUUUAGCUCGAAAAUGUCCGCGUUGUUCUUCGCGAUUCUUCUCAAUUCAUUGCUCACGGUGUCCGAAAUUCAGAAUCUCUAUGCGCAACGUCCGAUUGUGGAGAAACAUGCUUCGUACGCCUUUUAUCACCCGUUCUCGGAGGCCCUGGCCGGUGUGUGUGCAGAUCUCCCAAUCAAACUUGCAAACAGUCUGGCGUUCAACAUUAUUUUUUAUUUCAUGUGUGGGCUACGCUACGAUGUUGGUCCAUUCUUUGUUUUCUUUCUCUUUGUGACCAUGGCUCUAUUGUGCAUGAGUCAGGUCUUCCGUACCCUGGCAGCUGUCUCGAAGGCGAUCCCCCAGGCACUUGCUGCGGCAGGCGUCAUUCUACUUGCGACAGUGAUCUAUACUGGCUACCUUCUCCCACAGCCCAGCAUGCACCCUUGGUUCAAAUGGAUCUCUUAUAUCAACCCGCUCCGGUAUGCCUUCGAGGCUCUGGCUGUGAAUGAGUUUCAUGGGCGGAACUUUCCUUGUUCCGCCGUGAUUCCCGCAUACCCGGGGUUUAGCAGCGGAUCUGGCCCCUACUUUAUCUGUGGCGAGAAGGGCGCGAUUGCUGGGGAAUUGUUCUAUCAACAUCUGUGGAGAAACUUCGGCAUUCUCUGUGCUUUCACCUUUGCCUUUCUCGCUGUCUACCUGCUGGCGACCGAAAUCAACUCCCGCUCGUUCUCCAGGGCUCAGAGCUUGCUUUUCCGUCACGGCCAUAUCCCCCUUGCAUUUCAAAGGUACAACCAAGAGUCCGAGGCCACGGUUCUUAGCACACCUCAUGAGAAAGAGGAAACAGAACCUCCAUUGCCGCCGCACCGCGAUACGUUCACCUGGCGUAACGUCUGCUACGAUAUCGAGAUCAAAAAGGAAGAGCGUCGUUUGCUUGAUAAUGUCAGCGGGUGGGUCAAGCCCGGCACACUGACUGCGUUGAUGGGCGUGUCUGGUGCGGGAAAGACUACUCUGCUCAAUGUUCUGGCCGGGCGUAUUUCGAUGGGUGUCGUGACAGGAGAUAUACUCGUUAAUGGAUCGCCUCUCGGGGCGAGCGUUCAACGCAGCACGGGAUACGUGCAACAACAGGAUCUACACCUGCACACCGCCACAGUUCGCGAAUCGUUACAGUUCUCCGCCCUUCUCCGACAGCCGAAGUCCGUGCCCGUGGCAGAAAAGUAUGAGUUUGUGGAAAAAGUUAUUCGCAUGCUUAACAUGGAGGAUUUCGCCGAAGCGGUCGUGGGCAUCCCGGGUGAGGGACUGAAUGUUGAGCAACGCAAGCUUCUUACCAUUGGUGUCGAGCUCGCUGCAAAGCCUGCCUUGCUCCUGUUUCUGGAUGAACCGACCUCCGGGUUGGACAGUCAGUCCUCGUGGACCAUCAUUGCCUUGCUCCGCAAGUUGGCCUCCAACGGGCAGGCUAUCUUGUGCACCAUUCACCAACCCUCGGCGAUGCUGUUUCAGCAAUUUGACCGCCUCCUGUUUCUGGCUAAGGGUGGUCGCACUGUCUACUUUGGCGAGAUUGGACCAGAGUCUCGGACAAUGCUGGACUAUUUUGAGCGCCAGGGAGCGAGGAAGUGUGAUAGUGCGGAGAACCCAGCCGAGUAUAUCCUCGAACUCGCGGGGGCUGGAGUCAAUAGUAAGGCCUCUCAGGAUUGGCCUGCGUUGUGGAGGCAAAGUCACGAAGCGGCGGAGGUGAUGCGUGUUCUCGAGCAAGACCUGUCACGACCUCAGAUCAGCCGAACCGAAACCGAUCCAGCAACUGAGUCCGAGGAGACCGCUUUUGCCAUGCCGUUCAAGGACCAAUUCGCUGCUGUACUUCGCCGCAUCUUUCAACAGUACUGGCGAUCGCCCGAGUACAUCUACAGCAAGCUGGCCUUGGGAGUGCUUUCAGCUCUCUUCGUCGGUUUCUCCUUCUAUCUACCUGGCACCUCGGAACAGGGGCUGCAAUCGUCAAUCUUCUCCGUCUUCAUGAUGACCGCGAUCUUCACCGCGUUAGUCCAGCAGAUCAUGCCUCAGUUCAUCGUGCAGCGUGACCUCUACGAAGUCCGCGAACAGCCGUCCAAGACCUACCACUGGGCCGCAUUCCUCGGUGCUAAUUUACUAGCCGAGAUCCCAUGCCAGGGUUUUGUCGCUGUUAUCGUGUACGCCAGCUUCAUCUACCCUGUUUACGGGAUCGUGGACUCGCAGCGCCAGGGGGUACUUCUGCUCCUUAUCGUGCAGUUCUUCGUGUACGGGUCAACCUUUGCGCACGCAGUGGUGGCCGUGCUUCCGGACGCCGAGACCGCGGGCCUAAUUGCCACGAUGCUCUUCAACAUGACCCUUGUGUUCAACGGAGUGCUCGUCCCGCCCGUCGCCCUGCCGGGCUUCUGGACGUUUAUGUACCGCGUCUCCCCGAUGACCUAUCUGGUCAACGCGAUCAUCGCCACCGGCGUGAGCGGCCGUCCCGUGCACUGCGCCGACAAGGAACUGAGCAUCUUCGACGUCCCGCCCACUUAUGGUACUUGUGGGGAAUACAUGCAGGCGUACCUCCAGGCGGCAGGUGAUGCCGCGGGUACGCUCCUCAAUCCGAACAGCACCACCCAAUGCCAGUACUGUCCCCUGCAGGCUGCGGACCAGUACCUCGAGGGCCGCGAGAUCUACUACAGCGAGCGGUGGCGCAACUUCGGCCUGCUGUGGGCGUACAUCGCGUUCAACGUGCUCUUUGCGCUCGCGAUGUACUACUUCUUCCGGGUGCGCUCUUGGAAGAGAAAGGCUUGAGUUUUGUCCAGCGUGCCAUCGACGCAGAAUCCAGUACGCAGGGGCCUGGCCUAUACACUCUGCUAUCGAUGAUCACGAGGGAAACGCUCAUUCAUUCUGAUAUUCCCCGGCUCUUUCCAUUUCAGUCCAGUUUCCUUCAUUCUCUUUUCUUUCCUUUCCUUUCGUCACUCGACUCCACCAUUUCCUUGAUUUUGUGGCUU